AUGAACUGCCAGACGUCUCCGUCGUCUAUUUUCUCCCCGUCAUCUCUUUCCUCCGCAGUUAUCGCUCCCUCCUCCUCUCUCGUCUGUUCAUCACUACCCCGUUCCUCUCCCCUUCCGCGUCAGCUCAAUUCUCACCUCAAUUCGUCCACGACCCGCUCCCAUGCCGCUUCUUCCGUGUUUCGCGGCGCGUUUGACGGCCUGCACCUGGCUGAUGUGUUCCAACACGCGCAUCUGGCGGUCGCGCUGGUGCGUAUAGAACAGGAGGGGGCGGCGCUGGUGAUGGCGAGAACAGGAGGGAGCGACGCUGGUGAUGGAGAGCCUGGGAGUGCAGCAACACCACCUGCACGAGACAGCGCUGGCGCGGCUCAAAGGCGAGCUGGACCAGGACGGGCGCUCUCCUCUUCCUUGUUGACUGCAUUGACUGCGUUGACUUUCAGCUUGGGAGUGCUGCAGCAUCGCCUGCAUGAAGCAGCAUUGGUGCGCCUCAAGGGCGAGCUGGACCGGGAUGGCCGCUCCUCGGAAUUGAUCACCAACCCCUCCUCGCGUCCCUCCACCAGCCCCACCAGUCCUAGUAGCAGCAAGAGUCCCAGUUCGCCAGUCCGCAAGGGGCGUGGGAAGAAAGCAGCAGCGCAGCAGAGCGCGUUGGAGCAGUUAUGCACGGAUCUAACAGCCAUGGUUGCGCAAGGGGAGAUCGACCCGUCCCACCCCACGCUACCCCAACCCACCCUACCGCAUUCCUCCCUAUCCCACCACCAACCAGCAGCGCAGCAGAGCGCGUUGGAGCAGUUCUGCACGGAUCUAACGGCCAUGGCGGUGCAGGGAGGGAUCGACCCCGUGAUUGGCCGAGAGGAGGAGGUCGCCAGGGUGAUCCCCGCUCAUCGAACCAGCAACAACCAGCUGCUGCUAGGCGAACCAGGGGUGGGCAAGACGGCUUUAGAUCCUUGCUCGUCGCACCGUGAACAACCCUCUGCUGCUGGGCGAGCCAGGGGGGGCAAGACGGCCAUCUCCCCCUUUUCUAUGCCUCUGUUCGUCCUUUCGUCCCCUCUCUCACUCUUCCAUUCUCCCGCCCUCCUCUCUUGCUCCUUACCCCCUCAGAUCCAAGCUCGUCGCACCAAGAACAACCCGUUGCUGCUGGGGGAGCUGGGGGUGGGCAAGACGGCCAUGUAUAGCCCUCUUUUCACGCAACCGCUUCCCCCUGUUUCUCACCUCCCAAUUCUCGCGUUUUCUCCUUCUCCUCCCCCUCAGAUCCUCGCUCGUUGCACCAAGAAUAACCCUCUGCUGCUGGGCGAGCCAGGGGUGGGCAAGACGGCCAUAGCGGAGGGUUUGGCGCUGCGCAUCGCCGAAAACGAUGUGCCACCGUUCCUGCAGGUGAGAGGUCAUGUUGCUGGGGUGGAAAUGGGGACGGCCAUUGCAGAGGGGCUGGCGCUGAGGAUCGCCGAGAACGACGUGCCACCGUUCCUACAGGUGAGCGGUGUUGUGCUGCGGAGGGAAUGGGUUGACAGGGGGACAGGGUGCAUAGCAAAGGGGUUGGGCAAGGCAGCCGUAGGGGAGGGCUUGGCGGGAAAGCGCCUUCGGUCGCUGGACAUGGGGAGGGUGAUGGCAGGAGCAAAGGAGAGGGGGGAACUGGAACUCAGAGUGACUAUGCUGGUGGCAGAGGCGGUGGCAGCAGCGGGGGAGGUGAUCCUGUUGAUAGAUGAGGUGCAUACGAUGGUGGGAGCUGGCGCCGUGGGGAGGGGACGGGACGGCGGAGGAUCGGGAUUGGACAUCUCGAAUCUGCUCAAGCCUGCCUUAUCACGCGGCCAGAUUCAGCUGGAGCCGCAGGAAGGGGACGAGGCAGGUGGGGGUUCAGCUUCAGACAUCUCUAAUCUGCUCAAAACUGCUUUGACUAGGGGAAAGAUUCAGUGCAUCUCCACCACAACCACCAAUGAGUUUUGCGAGCACCUCGAGAAGGACAAGGCUCUGGCUUCGCAUCUAAUGCACUCCCACUUGCCCCCACCCUCCCCUCCCGCCCGCUUACACUCUAACCCCUCGCUUACACACCUUCUCCUCCUCAACCACCAGUGCAUUGCCACAACCACCACCAAUGAGUUUUGCAAGCAUCUGGAGAAGGACAAGGCUCUGGCUAGGCGCUUUCAGCCAGUCACUGUGGACGAGCCUUCAGAGGCGCUUUCAACCCGUGACUCUGGACGAGCCCUCAGAGGUGAGUGGGAUGCUCUUUUAUCGUGUGCGGAGAGGGCCAAAGCAUUGGCCAUGCGGUUUCAGCCGCUGACUGUGGAAGAGCCAUCAGGGGUGAGUGGGUGGCUGUGUUUUGAGUCGACUCAAAAGUUUCAGCCGCUGACCAUGGAAGAGCCAUCAGGGGUGAGUGGGUGGCUGUGUUUUGAUUCGACUCAAAAGUUUCAGCCGCUGACCAUGGAAGAGCCAUCAGGGGUGAGUGGGUGGCUGUGUUUUGAGUCGACUCAAAAGUUUCAGCCGCUGACCAUGGAAGAGCCAUCAGGGGUGAGUGGGUGGCUGUGUUUUGAGUCGACUCAAAAGUUUCAGCCGCUGACUAUGGAAGAGCCAUCAGGGGCCCGCCACAAGUGCACUCUCACCGACUCUGCCCUGGCAGCAGCCGUUUCCCCCUCCUCUCAUGUCUUGUUCCUCUCUCUCCUUCCCCCCUUUCCUUUUCCCGCCUCCCAAGAAGCCGUUCUAGCCAUACUUCCAAGGUCUGCGCCACCUGUACGAGGCACACCACAAGUGUGCUCUCACUUCAUGGCAGCUGUGGCCCUCUCCCCUCUCCCCUCUCCCCUCUCCCCUCUCCUCGCGUCUCAUCCCCAAUCGCUGCCUGCCCGAGGGGACAUUGACCUGAUAGACGAGGCGGCGAGCAGGAGCAGGGAGGCGGCUCUGGCGAUUCUGCACGGCCUGAGGCACCUAUACGAGGCACACCACAAGUGCACUCUCACGGACGAUACUCUGGCAGCAGCAGUCACCCUCUAUGCUUGUUUCAUCCCCGAUCGCUGCCUGCCCGACAGGGCAAUUGACCUGAUAGACAAGGCGGCUAGUAGGAGCAGGGUGGAGGGCAGCAAGGGGAGGAGGCGGCGGGCGAGUGGGGUGCUGGAGAGGGGUGCAGAGGAGUACUGGCGGGAGAUUCGCAUGGCGCAGGCUGCACACGAAGCGGUGAGAAUGGGUGCAAUGCGUGCCUCAAAGCGAGAAGCCUGUAGGAGCAAGGUGGAGGGUAGCAAGGGGAGGAGGAGGAGGGUGAGUGGGGUGCUGGAGAGGGGUGCAGAGGAGUACUGGCGGGAGAUCAGGAUGGCGCAGGCUGCACAUGAAGCGUGUGGCAGUAGAGCAGCGGCAGGGGAGGCGGCCUGCCGCAAAGCUCUCACCUCAUUCACCUCUUUCCUCUCCCUCUGCUGUGUUCCCUCACUCCUCAUCUGUUACUCCUCAUCUGUUCCCUUGCUCCCCUUUUCCCUUGCUCUUUUGCUCCUUCGUUCACUUGCUCCCGCAUAUGCUCGCCAGAAUCCCUUCACCUCGCUCACCUCAUUCCUCUCUCAAGACCACGUUCAUGCCGACACCACCACCGCUGCUGAUGCCGCUGCUGCUGCUGGUCGCUCCAAGAGUGGCAUCACUGGCAGUGACAAGGAGGACGGCCCCACGGAGAUCACAGCAGAGCACAUAGCAGCAGUGGCCGCCCACUGGACCGGUAUCCCCCUGCAGCAGCUCUCCCUCUCGGACCAGCAGCACCUGGCAGGGCUGGAAGAGGCACUAGAGACGCGCGUGGUGGGGCAGGGGGCAGCUGUGCGGGUGAUAGCACGGGCGGUGCAGCGAGCGAGGGUGGGGUUGAAGGGGGAGGGAAGGCCGGUGGCGGCUCUGCUGUUCUCGGGACCUACCGGGGUGGGGAAAACGGAGUUGUGCAAGGCACUGGCAGCUCACUACUAUGGAUCGGAAGAUUCCAUGAUUCGUCUAGACAUGAGUGAGUACAUGGAGCGCCACGCUGUCAGCAAGCUGAUUGGAGCGCCGCCCGGCUACGUGGGGUACGGCGAGGGCGGCAAGCUCACGGAGGCCGUCCGCAGGCGGCCGUUUUGUCUUAUUCUCCUGGACGAGAUCGAGAAGGCACACCCGGACGUCUUUAAUCUCCUGCUGCAGAUUUUCGAAGACGGGCGGCUUACUGACUCGCAGGGCCGCCACGUGUCGUUCAAAAACGCCCUGAUAGUCCUGACGUCCAAUGUGGGCUCUCAGGCCAUUGCAAGGGGGGGCACCCACCGAAUCGGCUUCCUCACUCCAGGAGAAUAUGCAUCUGCUGAUGGGAAUAGGGGGAGAGAUGGGGGCAGAGAGGGACGGGCGGAUGCGGGGCGGUAUGCGGCGAUGAAGGAGGUGGUGAUGGAGGAGUUGAAGGCGCAUUUUCGACCGGAGCUCAUGAAUCGGAUUGAUGAGGUGGUGGUGUUCCGAGCACUGGAGAGGGAACAGAUCCGAGUGAUUGCUAACAUGAUGGUCAAGGAGUCGGCUGAUAGACUUGCACAGAAGGGAAUCAACCUGGAAAUUUCUGAAGUACUCAUGGAGCGGAUUUGUGAGGAGGGGUACGACAGGGCGUAUGGGGCGCGUCCACUGCGAUGUGCCGUCACGCGAUUGGUCGACGAUCCAAUCAGCGAGGCUGUGCUGGCAGCGGGGGAAAGCAGCAGCAACACCAGGCACCGCCACCGCCGCGUCAGCAGCAGUGACCUGUCGGAAUCUCUACCAUCCGUUCCUUCGGUGCUGCUCCCUGCGAUCGCAGCUGACGCCAAAGAAGAUGACACCAGCGCACCCCUGGGUGACGUCAGCGGGGUCAGGGAGGGCGCGUUCACAGCUGGCGACACAGCACUGGUGGAUGUCGGGGAGGAUGGGGAGCCGGUGGUGAUCCGCCUGCCUCGCCCUGACGUGUGUGAGAUGGGUCUGUGCCUUCCGUUUCUCAAGCUCCCUGCUGCCGCUGCUCCCACUCUCUCCCUCCCUGACUAA